AUGAUUCCAGCUCAACAUAUUGACGUUCGUUCACUAAAUGGAGGUUGCAUCACUCCUGAAGGUAUUAGCUCAGAUUUCUCAUACGCUCUUCAUAAUGUUACAGAUGUUGUGUUAACAUUUCCGAAGAAUGCAAUGCAAAGAACGGUUUUAGAAAAUCCAAUGCUUCGAGGUCUUCAGGUCACUAUAGAUUCCAGAAACUUCCCCGAUCAAGCGAUGACCACAGUGGGCGACAUAUUCUUUACACGUAUGCUUCAAGCUUCUGAUUUAGAUGGAGUGAAUGAAUGCACAGAAGAAUACGAGGACUCAUUAACUAGACCACUGAAUGCAGAUGAUGGCACGCCAUUAGCUAGAACAUGGAAAGACCAAACUUCAUUCUUAUGCACUAUUCCAGUUCAACGUGAUGGAGCGGGUAUAUUCUUUGAUGGAUUAGAAACUUUCAACUCACAAGUUACAGUACAAGUGAAAGCUUAUCCAAUCAUUCAGGGUGAAAAUGACACUUACUGUUCAAAGGUGACAAAUCCUCCUCAGGUUUGGUUUACUAGGACUACAUAUUGGACAUGGACACCGGAUGAAGGUUUGAAAUAUCAUCCAACAGGUACACCACCACAGUAUAGAAGUUCAUAUGAUGAAAUAUUGAUGAAUAGAAAUGUUUAA